AUGUCCCGAAAUCUUGUGCCGUAUCGCUGUGUACAAACACUGCUCAGACACCCACGGAACUCGGCGCCGCUUUGCAGCCACUCCCCACCUUCAGAAUUGUCUCGGGUUCAGUCCCACUCGCAUGCUCAAGUUCUUUGCUCCAACUUGCGAACGGAACAGCGGAGCGGUGCUGCCAGCGACGAAGGUACGACUUCGGAAUACCUCAGCGGUUUCAGGCAAUCUGUUCAGAUCUGCGGGCGUCUGACCGCAGCGGCGCACCGGUCUCCCGGCACACUCUGCGUCCACAGGAUGGUACUCUCCCCUCUUCUGACGGUCCUCCUAACAUGCCUGGUCACAGCGCAAGUGGAGGCGGGAUAUUCGGCGAGGAAAGAUGUUGGCACUCCUGAUACACUUCGCCUCAGUGAAGGGGAGGGGGACAAGAACGUAUCGAAACUGCCACCGCUGGAUGUUUGCAGUACCUACGUGGAAGGUGCAGAAAAGCACGCGGUGCCUUCGUCCAAAAGAACACAGGAUUCCAGUGAGGGGAAAGCGGUGUGUGGGGAUCUGGAGGAAUAUCAUGGUCACACUUCCGAGACACUUACUGCUCGACAAGGAGAAGUGGGCUUGUCUCAGUCCUCGGCAGACGGGGGACUGGAGCAGCAUAACAUCUCUCCCUCCGAUGCAGAAAUGCAAAAGACCUUGACACUUCUAACAAAAGCGGAAGAUUUUUUAAAAUUAGGUUCACAAAGAAACGUCGUGUUAGUUCUCUGGAACAGGGCUCUAGAUAGGAAGGUAUUUACGCAGCACAUAGAGGGCUAUCACAUCAUGGCAUCAGUAAAAGCAGGCGAAACAUAUUCAGGAGAAUUUGUUCUUGAAGAUGGGGGCGAUGCCAAGGAAAUAAAUAUAUCAAAUUAUUUUAUCGAAAUAUUUGUUAACACUGAUACGAACACAGUUUUCUGUGUUCAUAACAUUUCUAACAAAAGUAGAGGCAUAAAUCAUGAUAUUGCUGCUGUAUAUUUCCUGAAACGAAUUCUAAGUUCGGCUAGGAAGGUUAGGAUAGUACUUAGUAUCAGCUACCCGUCGCGGAUCGAAGAUUUUAGCAAGGAGAAUUUUCUGACUUUGAUUACACAAUCUGCGAUGUUAAUUAGUAAUGUUGCUAAGUUCAAACGAAGUAUUGCACUUAUUGUGUCUGAAGAAAACCAGAGAGGAAAGGAAGAACCAGAACAUGAAGUUAUCAACAACGUAGCCAAAUUCCUAGAAGGCGCGAAGAGAUUCAUAUCAGAAAACUAUCAGCUGGACGACGCAUCAGCAGCUGAGAAGUUAAAUCAUGAAAGUGCUAUUCAGUUAAUAGACGCUUUGCUGAUGAAUAAUAGUAACGGUUACUUAAGAAUCAGACUUCUUCGCGAAAUGGAUCCAGGUUCAGGCCCUGAAGGAGAUGAAAUGGAUUCAGAAACAAUUAUACAUGAUCAUACAACAUUGGUCGAACAAGAAAAUAAUGAUUUUCGUUUCAUAUUGUCUCAGGAAUUAAAGAGUAAAAUACGCAUGUUGGCAAACUAUACAAAUGCAGCAAUCAGAAGCAAGAUGGUGCUUGUGGGGAGAGACAUAUUGGAAUUCUAUCGUUCUCGUAAAGUGCAGACACGUGACAUUGACACAAUGCUGCACCAACUGCAGGAGGCAUGUGACGUACUCUCCGAUAUGAUCAGAAAUAUAUCGCAGGCGCCCGAACCCAAAACAUUGACCAGAACCCUUGUUAAUGCUUUCAAAACAUUGGAAGUUAACAUCGUGAUAGACAAUUUGAUAGAUAUAGCGCAUCAGUGUAAAUAUCUGGAGAUUCUGCAGAUUGUUAGUGGCCAUGACAAGACACUCACACAGGUGACAGAGUGGAUGGAUCCUAUAAAGAAAAUUGUUAACGAAAUUCGUGACUCGAAGGAUUGGUUCACACUUUCGGUUGACACGCCUGACAAGUUGUUGGAGCCUAAAGCUCCGGCCAUUACGGUAGGCAGCCGCCGGGGGGUCAGAAGCGUCUGGGAGCUGAACAGUUCGAGAAAGAUCCUGCCGGAAAUUGAAAGUUAUGACAACAUCACGCUGAAGCUGGAUUCGUUAAGAAGAGUUUUAAGAGCAACUGGAAGGGGGAGAACGACAAUAUCUUGUUUGGACGGACAGACAGUGCUCGCGAGAGGAGCGUAUGUUACGCUCAGUGACGUGUUGCCCUACAAAUGCACGAGUAAGGCCAAGUCCAUCGAAAUCUUCGCGUCAGAAGAAGUGCUCAUUGAUGCAGACAUCUUGAAAAACGGGGAAGAAAUGCAAGUGAGAAUUUUGGCUCCGAGAUGGAGAGUCAAAGGACAUAGAAUAAUAUCCGUAGGUGGUGUCCCUGGGCCCCGUCACAAACCAGAGCGCGCUAAUGACGCCCAUCAGCCUGGGUACAGAGGGCAGGACGGGAAGCCAGGACUCCCGGGAGGAGAUGCGGGAAGUUAUUUUGGAGUUAGCAGGGAAUUCAUUGAAGGUAACAUUAUAGUUUAUAACCCGGAUGGGGGGGUGGGAGGUCUAGGCCAGGAUGGAGGGAAUGGAGCAGAGGGAAGGAAAGGGGAUGAUCCUGGGGUCCCAUCGUCCAGACAGCACUGCGACCUUACGAAAACAAGCGUUGGGUUCCCGUACAGGAGAACUCUUUUCAAAAGCUGGAAGUGGAGAUGGAGUUGCUUCUGUUUCUAUGACCUUUACAAAUAUGAGUUGUAUGGGUCCCUGGGAGGUAUGGGUGGAGGUGGUGGCCAUGGUGGGGAAGGGGGAAUUGGAGGAAGGGCAGGACAGAUUAAGCAUAUCAUGUUACGUGACGAGUCAGGAUCUUGGGAACGGGUAGGAAGGACUGGCAAGAGGGGCGAGGACGGGAAAGGAGGAACAGGUGGUGAGGGUGGCUGGAACGGAAACACUGUUGCAGUGGCGUGCUCUAGUGACUGGUACCUGUUCUUCUCAAAAUAUCGCUGGACACGGGAAGGAUGUUGGGGGACUGGAAGGGGUAGCCGUGGGGAAGACGGCAUUCGGGGAGGAAACAAACAUUUUACGAGGGAGGCACCAGAGAGUAACGGGUUUAAAGGUGAACUCUCGUCAGUAAUAAACAGAUAUAAAGAUUAUUUAAUUUCGAGUCUAGACGAUGCAAUAAACAAGAAAUCCCUGGUUCAGUUUAUCCUGUUUCUGUGUUCCGAUCUUCACGUCCAAAACACUUACGACGCAGUCGCUUUAGUCAACGAAAUGCUGAUGCUGGAAGACAGAUUUUACCAAAGACGUAACGACGUCGAGUUUCUUCCCUUGUAUCAGUCAUUGCUAGAAAGACUAACCCGAUAUGCUGCAAGCACAAAACCCGGUGAAAAUUCCGCCCAGUACAAGAAAGUCCUCAGCUACUUGUACACAGCAAUCCUUGGUAAGAUCCAGGCAAUGCGCAGGUCCUCCGAGUGCAGCCUCGUGACAAACAUGGAGGGCUACUUGGGCGGCGCUCUAGAGCACGUUAAGAAGAUAGAGAGGAUUAGCAAGCUGGAUGCAAUUACCAGGAUUAGCAACGAUUACAGAGACAAAAUAAAUGAAAAGAUUACAUCAGCUAAUGAUUUCAUCAGCAGAGAGAUCUUGCCUGAAAUUAAAAUCAUUGGUAACGAAACAGAAGCAGCGAUUGAUGGCUUAAUUUCAGAGAUAAUAGAAAUGCGAACAAAUGCUAAAGCAGAGGAGGCAGCGCUGCUGAGAAAGCGGAAAGAAUUGGAAAACUCACUGUUUUACGAAAUAACUUCAGGGAUUGUGAAUUUCAUAAGCGGAGCGCUAAGCCUGCUGAAUCCAGCGGCUCAAACAACCGAACACCUGACUGGGCGUGUGAACUCGGUUUCCGAAAGCUUGGCUCUGCGCAGCCGCGGAAGGGACUGGACGUACCGUUAUCUUACCUCAGCGGACUUGGUCUAUCCUUCAGCAACAAUUUCACGUUGUGCGCAGUGUUACCAACACAACAAUUAUAGCAUUCCGUCACGAAAUCAACGCUGUGCUGCGUGCAGUAAGGGAAUACCCUGUGUAUUUAGGUGGUAUGGAGAAAACGGUUAAAGAUAUAGAAAGAAAACUAAAUAAUGUUGGACAAUUUGAAGUAGAAAAAAUAAGAAAAAUGCGAGACGAGCUGAUGAAAGAAUUGAAUCUGAAAGAAGAGACGUUAAAAAUAGUACAAAACAGGCAUAAAAGGGAUGUCAGAUUGACAAAGAGGUCCAUUACGAGUAUGAUUUCAACAGCGCUGAAAUUUUUGGUAAAGUCGGGUAUCGUUAAUAAAAUGAGUUCAAAAAUCUACAUGAAAUACCAAGAUAACAACAACGCACUUGAUGAGAUAGACCGAUCCAUCCGAGAAGCCCAGGACAGAUUCGACGAACUGAACAGAUAUGAAGACAAGUUUCAGAACGUCCUUCUUCCCAUGAUACGCGCCAUGGAACUUGACUUUGUACGCGUGCGCAACACUCUCGCUUCUGAAUCAAGAGUCGCUUUGAGAAUCACAGAGUGGAAGGUGCAGACCACGCUGAAGGAGGUCAAACUGCAUUUGCGACAGUUUACAGAAGGAAUGAAAGUCAAGGAAACGCUGGCUCGUUGCAUGGAGAAGUUGGACGACACGAUGACUACUCUCAUUGAUAUUUACGAUCGUGUUCAGAGUUACACAGAACAGAAGGAAUUCGUAGAUUACAUUGCAGAUAUCGCAUCUGCAGGUUCAGACAACAUUCACAUGUCUGAUAGAAAUCUUAGGGGCGCCAUUAAUACUCUGGAAAAGAUGAUAAAUAUCAAUAUUCUCUUUGGGCAGUAUGAGAAAGUUGUUGCUGCGUUUAAGCAGUGGGUGUUUCCUUUCGCGCAACUGUGGCUCCCAAACUUUAAUCUGCCCCCAUAUCGCAUGAUGAGUGACAGUUAUGAAGGUUUUGUUUCUGUUGUCACACGUCAGAUACACAUAUUAAAGCCAAAACUUACUGAAGACAAAACAUCUAUAAUCAAAGGCGUACAUUCGCACAUUCACAACGCUGAGUUUAGCAGUGACUACAAAUUAGGGCGGCCAUUUUAUGUGUGGGACAACAAGAAAUAUGGCGGAACAAUUCUGGAACUGUUAGCGGGGAAAGAAGUUGUUGUGAAAGCGGACAUACUGAACGGGGUCAGAAAGAAUGCAGUAAAAUUUAACAGAAUUGAAAUAAAUUUUAAAUCUGUAUAUAAGGCAAUACAGGAAGAACUAGACAAAAUGCUCAGUCGUUUCCACGUGAAGUUAACCCACCACGGCAAUUCGCACUACAAAUGCGGAAAUCACUUCUAUAUCAUCAGGGGUGACAAUCUGACAAUUGAGUACAGCAGGGAGAAGAGACAGGAUGACCAACCCAUGGACCACAAUUCCGUGUACAUGAAGUUGCGCAACGGGGAUAUCCUGCUCAGCCCAUAUGCGAUGUGGAGCAUCAGGCUUGUUAACGUCACGAAUGUAAAUUUCCCGGAGUUACAAAUAUUCGGAAAUUUCGUUGAACUGGAGUUGGUAGGACAGGGCCAAUACGUGUCUGAAGGGGCUGAAAUUUGUAACCAAGACUUGAGGCAGUAUUAUGAGCUUGAUGAAAGCUUUUCUGAAUUUGAUAAGAUCGCAUAGAGGGGCAGGCAGGGUGGGAGUAGCCUAUGCAGGGAUAACAUUGCACCAGCAGUGUGUCAUGUUAUGGUCGUGUUCAUCUCCCGAACUUUCGGAAGCUGGUUAUAUUUCCUUCUUCAGGUGAACAAGAGACGCCCAACAGAGGUUCUCACUUGAAGACGGUCGCAAAACUAAUUUCAGAAACAAAAUGGGUCUUGUAAACUCAGAAGAUAGACAAUGUUCAACAACAAUGUCACAAUAAUAAUUCUAAAAAAAUGUGAUAGAUUCUUGUCAAAAAAUACAGACUUAAUUUAUACCGGAUGUGACGUUCUCAUUGCGGCGGUUAUUAAGAGUACUGUCUUUUGGGAUAUGACGACACUGAAACGUCUGUGAGAGUACGUCACGCCUUACCGGAAGAAAAGCCCCUGUGUCCAGCGAAAUCUUCGCUUCUCUGCUUCUGCUUCAUAUUGUAUGUUAAAAAUGGAAUCAAAUUUCUAAUGAUAAUAUAAUGCUCUACAUGACGAUCUAUUAAUGACUUACCUCCAGAAAUGGUUUAGAUAGGCAAUAGCACAUAUACCUACAUAUGUAUAUACGUAUACACAGAUAAGCACACAUAGGGAGUAAAUAAUGAAUAUUAUAAUAAUAUCGCGAGUGUCAGUGACUGGAGACGCGGUUCGGAUUGGUAAUUGGAUUUACUGGCUAAUUACAGGCCGUAACUACAAAUAAUUAUAACACUGUUACUUAGUCACAUAAUUUACAAACACUCCACACUCGUCUUCUCAGUCCAUUUCCAUAAGCCUUCACUAUCCGUUUCCUGGCAACGGAUUUAUAACACAGGAACUAUAAAAGUCUCAAUAAAUUACACACUCCC